AUGUCGGAGUUCAUCAAAAAUGUCGCGAUAUUUGGAGUCACAGGAAUGACCGGGCUAGCGACUCUGCCACUGGCCGUGGCUGCAGGAUACAAUGUGACCGUGCUGGUGCGGGACCCUGCCAAGCUGCCUGCUGACCACAAGGCUUCCAAGGUGGUGGUAGGAAAUGUACUAAAUAAAGAUGAUGUGAUGAAGACCAUGGAAGGGCAGGACGCAGUCAUCAUCAUACUUGGGACAGGCAAAGACAUCAGCCCGACCACCAUGAUGUCUGAUGGCACCAGGAACAUUGUGGAGGCCAUGAAGGCUCGUGGGAUCACCAAAGUAGUUGCCUGCAUGUCAGCCUUCUUGCUGUGGGAUCGUGCCCAAGUCCCUCCCCGUCUUCUUCCUCUGACCGAGGACCAUGACAGGAUGCACAUGGUGCUCAAAACAUCUGGACUAGACUACGUGGCGGUCAUGCCGCCUCACAUUGAUGAUGAACUUCCUCUGACAGAGCGUUACCAGGUGUCUGACUCCAUGGUGCGAGGCAGAGCCAUCUCUAAACAUGACUUGGGACAUUUCUUUGUCAAGUGUCUCUCCACCUCAGAGUGGGACGGCAAGUCUGUGGGAGUAUGGGGGGAGUACAAGUAGUUUAGUACAAUGAGUUUCUUACUUAUAACCUGUUUUUUGACAAAUAUUAAAUUACUUUCAUGUUUCCAUUCCAAUUUAAACCUGAGAUAAUUGAAAAAAAUGCAUUACCUUUGCUUGUUUGAGUCAUUUUCUAUCAUCAGGUCUCAUCAUAUUCGAAAGGUUUGUUCCCUAUGGUGAAGAGCCAGUCACGUGAUACAUACUCUGUACACAGCAGCCUUUUUUGAAGCUGAAAACAAAAAUAAAUGAAUAAAUAAUAAA